AUGAAGACUACCGCCCUCGUUUCUUUGCUCAGUUUAUCCGGCGCCGCCAUCGGUGCGGCCGUGGAGAAGAGCAAGCCCACAAGCGAGCCCUUCGGCUACAAGUCCGGCUCGAAGGAGUCCAUUGCCAACAUGAAGGACAAGAUCGAGAAUGUUGUCUGGAUCCUUCUGGAGAAUCGUGGAUUCGACAACAUCCUGGGUGGUAUCAAGAAGAAGGGCUUGGACAAUGUCGUCAACAAUGGUCCCUUCUACAACCGGGAGGAGGUCAGCAACCCCAGCAGCAAGAAGUGGUCCACUCAGAGCAAGAACUACGAUUCCGUUCUCAAUGAUCCUGACCACUCGCUCACUGGUACCAACUUUGAGCUCUACGGCCAGUACAGCCCUGACAAUGAAGCCAUCGCCAAUGGCUCUUUGACUGCCGACCUGUCGGGCUUUGCCAACCGCCAUAUGCUCAAGUACCCCAAGAUCUCUGCCCAACGAGCAGUCGAUGAGGUCAUGGGAUACUACACCGAGAGCCAGAUCCCCACUAUCGUUGAUAUGGUUGAUGAGUUUACCACCUUCAACAACUGGCACUCCUGUGUCCCUGGUCCCACCAACCCUAACCGCCUCUGCGCGGUCGCAGGUGUUACCGAUGGCCACGGCAAGAACGACAACGAUUUCGAUAUCUCCGCCAUCCCAACCACCAGCAUCUUCGAGGCUGCCACGGAGAAGGGUAUCUCAUGGCUCAACUACGACGGCACCAACGGCGCCUUCCUUCCCGAUUCCAUGUUCUUCGACUGGACCGCCAAAAACGCCAAGAAGAACGUCGUCCCCCUCGAGAACUUCUACCAAGACGCCUACCUAGGCGUCCUCCCCCAGCUGUCCUACAUCAACCCCUCCUGCUGCGGUGCCAACACCAACUCCAUGCACCCCUCCGGCAACGUCUCCUACGGCGAAGUCCUCCUAAAGCAGAUCUACGACGCCGUCCGCACCGGCCCUCAAUGGGACAAGACCCUUCUCCUUAUCACCUUCGACGAGACAGGUGGAUUCUAUGACCAUGUCGCGCCCCCUCUCGCCGUCCGCCCCGACAACAAGACCUACACCGAGAAGGCAUACGAUGGCAGCCAGUACACUUUCAGCUUCGAUCGUCUUGGUGGUCGUAUUCCUACCUGGUUGCUGUCUCCUUAUACCCCCAAGGGUCACGUUGAGGGAUACGGUACCGAUCCUGCCACUGGCAAGCCGUCUGCUUACAGUGCUACCUCGGUACUGAAGACUCUUGGUUACUUGUGGGAUCUGAAGGAUAUGAGUCCUCGUGUCGAGCACUCGCCUGCCUUUGACCAUCUCAUUGGAAAGAAGACGCGCUCUACUCCCAAGACUCUUAAGAACCCCCAUGUGUUCCCUAAUGAUGUUUAA